GCUGAUAUUGACAUCAGCCAAAAGGGAACCUCAUUUACAAACAGGACCUUUCAUGACGGCAAGGAUGCAGAUGCGGUAAUAGUAAAUAUCGUGCCAGGAGACUUUGAUGGUGACUCACAGAUGGACGUGCUAGUGAUGAGAAAAGCUGGAGCAGAUGAAACACAAGUAACAGUUGAGAUCUAUCGUGGCAGUGGAAUGAAAGGAACACUUUAUCUGACUGUGAAUGAGACAUUCAGAGAUCAGCCAAUAGUGAUUGAUGGCAACGGAGACAUGGCACCUGACUUGUUUGGAGAGACGGUAGAUGGAAGACGAGCUCUGUGGGUUUUUCAAGGUACUUCAACUAAUUCAACUUACCAGAUUAUAUAUUACCACGGCAAAAAUGAUGAAAAACUUGCGCCAUUGAAGAUACCUCAGUCUAGUGCAUUCCUGGACAUCAAUGGUGAUCUGAAUGCAGAUCUGUGUGCUGUGACAGAAGUAAAUGGAACAGUGGUGCUUGAAUUGUGGCUAAAUUUGGGUGGUGUUUUGACACACACACAGAGUAUUGCAGCACCUAAAGAGCUCAAAGUUGUUGGACAAGCCUCAUAUGCUGAUCUCAAUGGAGAUGGUGUAAUGAAUAUUAUUUUACCUGGUUGUUUGGAUGAUUCUUGCAAAGAGAGUGCAAUUUUUGUAUGGUGCCAUAAUAAGGUAAACUGGUUGUGGAGCAGACUUGAUAUUAAUUUUAAGAAAGAUGAAAAUCAGAUGUCUUUUCCCAAAACUGUCAAACCUGCCAGUUGGUUGACGUUGCCGAUUGCCGUUCGAAUGGGUGAUUUCAACUUGGAUGGGUUCCCUGAUGCACUAGCAGUUCUCUCAGACACUAAUAACAAGUUAUCUUUCUGUAUCUUGUACAAUGUUGAAUGUGGAGCGGGAUGCCAGAAUUUCUCAAGAACAUUUUCAAUAGAUUAUCAGACAGCGCUACAAAAAGAUGACACCUCCCUUAUAUCCUUUUUUGAUUUGAUGGAAGAUGGUGUCCUAGACAUCCUUCUCACUGUAAAUCAAAAUGGUGUCCCAGUGAUUCGAGCAAUACAGCAAGAUUUCACAGGGGACGCAAGUUUUCUCAAGGUCAUGGUUGUAAGUGGCCUGUGUGAGAAAAGCUGUCCGGGUGGACAUUCUCCUUAUGGUGUGAACCAGGUUGGUCCUACAGCUCGAUAUGAUAGUGCAACAGCCACAGGAAGUGACCAGAUUGGUGUAG